GCGUAGGAACCAGGCAGCUGCUGUUCACAAAACAUGUUGCUAUCGCAAGUCCAACGACGUCCAGCAAAUGUUAAUAUAUUCCACACGUAGUAAUCUAGGCAUCGUUGACAUUUCCUAAAUUUAGUGUUUGUACAUGUCGUAGUUACUACGGUAAAUUGUCAAAUUAGCUGCCUUAAAGCUUGCUAGUUUGCGAGCUAAUCUCUCAAGUGAGUAGCUAGUCAACGUUAGCUAGCAAUCGUAAAUAGCUGUCUAACUAGCUAUUUUCUAUUAUAGCAAGUUCGUUAGCUAUCUUGACUAACCACUGGUUUAAACGGACCAAGGGAAGACAAAGGUCGGCUACGGACAGAACAUCUGCUUGAAAGAAUGGCGGGAGACGCCACUGGCAUCUCUGAAUUGGAUCAAGAGAAGUACGAUGCGGACGAACAACUCAAGAUCAUCUGCCUUGGAGACAGUGCAGUUGGUAAAUCCAAGUUGAUGGAGAGAUUUCUCAUGGAUGGAUAUCGUCCACACCAGCUGUCAACCUAUGCCCUAACUCUGUACAAGUACACCACCACUAUUGAUGGGAAAACUAUAUUAGUGGAUUUCUGGGACACUGCAGGUCAGGAGAGGUUCCAGAGCAUGCACCCGUCCUACUAUCAUAAAGCACACGCAUGCAUCAUGGUGUUCGACGUCCAGAGAAAGAUCACGUAUAAGAAUCUGAGUACUUGGUACAAUGAACUGAGAGAGUACCGACCAGAGAUCCCCUGUGUGGUGGUAGCCAACAAAAUAGAUGCCGAUGUGAAGGUGACCCAAAGGAGCUUUAACUUUGCCAAGAAGCAGGGACUUUCUCACUACUUUGUGUCUGCUGCUGAUGGGACCAAUGUAGUGAAGAUGUUCCGUGAAACCAUCAAGAUGGCACUGCAGUACAAGCAGAACUCUCGGGACUUCAUGGAUGAAGUGAUGAGAGAACUAGAGAACUUUGAGCUGGAGCCGAAGAAGGAGAAGACUUCCGAAGCCGUGGAAGAAGGCCUGAACACAGAGAGCCCCGAGUCUGUGUGACACCAAGUCCCACUGCAACAGAUCUUCACCUUUAUAGACACAUCCUUCCCAUGUCUCACUGGGGCUGGUACUGUGGGUACCAGCCCCAGUGAGCUGUCAUCAAGCUGAGGUUGUGGACAUUUUGUUCCAGUGCUGCAGCCUGUGGAGCCCGAUGCCCUGGUUCUCUGGGACACUAUGGACCAAUCGUACUGAAGUCAUUCCUAAAUUAUGAACGUAUCUUUUUUAUUUUAUGUUGUCAACACCUUAUUCUUCGCAUAUGUCCUUUUUGACUUAGUGGUGGUGGUGGGUCCAACCUGUCACUCACAGUGAGCAGGGUUUAGUACAGGCUGUUUUAAACACGCACUGAGCUGCCUGUCUAAUAAUAGUCUUGUGCUGAUGUAAUCCAGGGCCUGCCUCACCCUGGGCUGCAUUCAGCCACCCUGCAGCAUAGUCCUCCCUCCCCCCUGAGCUGGCCCCAUUACCAUCUUCUCUCCAUCCACCCCAUCCACCCAGGAGGGCUGGUGGGAGGGAGACGAGGCCAUUGUGUGGGUUCAGCCCUCAAUGUUCCGUCUAAACACUUGACUGUUUUCUUCCGCGUGUGAACUAGGUACAUUAUUUAAGAGGACACUAGAAUGAUUCUGUUUUUAUCGUAAAGCGUGAUGCCCACACACAAGGCGUGUGCCUGAGAGCAAAGUGAAACCUGUGAAUGUGAACCGUCUCUUUGCUCCUCCUUUGGAUCUCAUCGGCUUUUUGCACUGUGGGCUGUCCUCUGUGUGCAGUGACAGUUAGGGAACAUGUACUGGCUGCUAUGGUUGCUCUAUGCCCUGCACUGUAAACCCGGAGCUUUGUCGUGUAGUGUAUUUGAAUUAAACAGCAAAGGUACCAUGUAACCAUGUGAUUGUCUUAGAGGUUGUGUUGGUGUAUUUUGAGUGUGUCUGACUGGUAACUUCUUAAAGCCAACUUGGUGAAAACAAUCCAGAUGACUUUAAUGAGAGAGAGACAAUGGGAGAGACAGCGAGCGCGUGCGAUCCGUCUAUUGGCACUGCUCAUUACCCUCUGCUGCUUGGUUGGAUAUAAGGAAGUUUGACUUUUCUUGUUCAUUAAAGUUCUGUCUGAAGUUAUCUGGCAAUACUGGAAGCAUCAGCAUGGGUUGUUCACACAUUUUAUUCUUUUAAUGAUGCCUACGCGUUAAAUAAAGAGUCACGCAUCAAAAUAAUUAUCUCAUAAUGACAGUUACACUGUAUAUGUGUAUCAUGUUUCACUGUGUACAA